AGGAAGGGGUUAGAGUGCAGUUGGCGUUGGAGGAGGGCGACAUGGAGAGAUUGGAGAUUGAGGAGGGGGACAUGGAGAAGUUGGGCAUUGUUGACAGGGUCGAAUCUGGCCGCUCCUCGCUUCUGGGGUUUACAUCCGGGCUGGUGGAGGUAGGAGGGAGAGGUACUGGGGGUGAUAACAAGCCCCUGAAGUGCUCGGUCUGUGCCAAAGGUUUCCGUUACCGCUACGGGUUGGAGCGUCAUGAGUGUACCCACCGGACAGAGAGGCCCCACAAGUGCCCACUGUGCGGCAAGGCAUUCAAGCACACCUCUGGCCUGGUGAACCACCAACGCAUCCACGCCCAGGAGCGCCCGCACAUCUGCCCGACUUGCGGGAAGACCUUCAAGUACCGGUACUGCCUGGCACGUCACGAGUGUGUUCACAGCCAGGAGCGCCCGCACGCCUGCCCGACUUGCAGCAAGGCCUUCAAGCACCCAUCGGGCCUACUCAAGCACCAGCGGGUGCACACCCGCGGCAGGCCGUUCGUGUGCCCUGUCUGCGGCACCGCCUUCACGCACCCCUCCAUCCUCCGGCGGCACCAGGCAGUGCACGCUGAGGACCGGCCCAUCCGCUGUGAGGAGUGCGGCCGCGGAUUCUACUACCCGUCAGCCCUGAGGAAGCACCAGCAAAGCCAUGGUAAGGCCGCCGGCGGCACCCCGCCGUACCUACGGACGUACCGGUCACCAGGAUCCGGCACAGUACCGCCAGACCUGAAGCCGUGCAAGUGCUCAGAGUGCGGCAAGGCGUUCAAGAAGUCCUCGGAUCUGGUGAUGCACCAGCGGGUGCACACCGGUGAGCGGCCCUAUGUCUGCGCCCUGUGCAGCAAGGGGUUCAAGCAGCCGUCGGGACUCAUCCGGCACCGGAUUGUGCACACAGGUGAGCGGCCCUUCAAGUGCCCCGUGUGCGAGAAGAGCUUUACAAUCCUGUGCACGCUUAGGAAGCACCAGCGACUUCACACCGGCGAGAAACCCUUCCAGUGCCCAGAGUGUGGCCAGCGCUUCACCCAGUCCCACCACUUGGUCUCGCACCGGCGCAUCCACACCGGCGAAAAGCCCUUUGCCUGUCCAGUCUGCGGCAAGGCCUUCAAGCAGCCAUACCAACUGGUGGAGCACCGGCGGGUUCACACAGGUGAGAGGCCCUUCGUCUGCCCGGUGUGUGGCCGCGGUUUCAUCCAGUCGUCUCACCUGAAGACCCACCAGCACCUGCACACCGGCGAGCGGCCCUUCAAAUGCAGUGACUGUGGCAAGGGCUUCAUCCUCUCCUCCCACCUCAUCAAGCACCAGCGCAUUCACGCCAAAGAGUCCUACUGACCGGAGGCUGGGGGCAAAAGGGGGUUACCGAGCUCACCAGGAAUGGAACACAUCACGUGGCAGGGACACGGCACUACAACCUCCCACCACCGGCAACAAACAGGAAUGGACCAGACAUUGCCGACACGAUACCGAUGACUGAAUCUGACCGUGAUAGGACCAAGGAUUGCCGCCACUGACCAGGGAUUGGAGAUCACUGACUGGGGAUCAGGUCAGAGAUCACCACAACUUAGCGGGAUCGGAGAUCAUUGACACUAAACCGGGAUUGGUGUUAAGGACCCUGACAUUGACCCGGAGUUCACAGACACUGUCAAGGAUCCUGACAUUGAUCAGGAUCAGACCAGGGAUCACAGACACUGGCUGGGAUCAUGAAAACAGAGACUGCCUGGUAUUAAAGAUUGCCAACACAGACUGGGACCAGAGAUCACCAGCACUCACUGGGAUCAGACCAAGGAUCACUGGCAGGGAUCAGAGAUCACCAACGCUGACUGGGAUCGAAGAUCACUGACACUGACCCGGAUCAGAGAUCAGCAGUUGUCCCUCAAGAUCCCUGCAGUCACUCUUCCCCUACCCCCAAACCAACCCUCUCCCUCCCCAGCUCCCACCAUCUUAUGAUGCUGUGGUCCAUCCAUCACUGAGCUGCUGCCCCUGAAUGGCUGUCCUUUGCAAGUCCUCUCCCUUUGGAAAAGGGAAUAUUGAGCUGAUGGUGUAGCCUGCAUUCCUGACAUGGAAGCCACGUGUCCAUAAUUGACUGAAGAUUGCAACGCGAGACAAUAACAGCAAACUUCAGCCUGACCCUCAGUCUCUCAUCCUUCUUCCCAACUCACCCGCGCUUCCCCCCCCCACUCCACCCCCAAAAGAGACUAUCCCACCAUCGAACAAGCACAAGUCAGGAGGGUGAGGGAAUACUCCCCACUCGCCUUGGAUGUGUGCAGCUCUGGCAAUACUCGAGAGGCUCAACGCCAUCCAGGGACAAAGCUUCCCCCCCCCCCCUCCCCACUUAAUUGGCAGCGAAUCCCAUUCAUAAUGAGGGAGAUCCUUGUCCUGGAGGCGAGUCAGAGAAGGUUCAUUCUUGGGACGAGGGAUGGAGGGGGUCUGUUUUACACACUGUCUGGGCCUGUGUCCAUUGGGAGUUUCGAAGAGGGAGAGGGCAAUCUCAUUGAAAUGUAGAAAGAUCCGAAGGGAGCAGGAAGGUGGUGGGGUUGUGGGGGGGAGUGGGCAUGUGGAUUUGACAGGGUGAAUGAUGAGGGAAUAUUCCCCUUCCCCCUCACCUCAUUGGGGUGUCUAGAUUCGGGAGGGGGAGGGAGGCACAGUUUCUGAAUGACAUCUCCCAUCUCAGAGGGAAAUGAGGGAAACGUUUCUUCUAUUCGUGGGGGUUGAGUCUGUGGGAUCCUCCCACUCUCUCUGCCCCAGGGAGCAGUGGUGUGAGAACUGUAUCAUUGAAUGUAUCUGAGGCCAAGAGAGAGAGGUACUGAUGGUGGAUCAGGAGUCGAGGAGCUGGGGCAGUAUGGGGGGGAAUGGAGAGGAGAGGGGAGGUGAGUUCCUUGAUUGGAUCAUCCACCACCUUUAUCGAAUGGGACAGCAGGAACAAGGGGUCAAAGGGUUACUUCCUGACCCUAUUUCUGAUGAUCUGACCUAUCCCACCCCACCCUCAACACUCACCCCCCUCUAACACUGAUGCACAGCACCAGCAGUGUGUAACAUUUGCAUGAUGUAGACCAGCGACUUUCUGAGGCUCCUGUAACUGACAGCACCUUCCAAAACCUGCCAUCUCUACCCCUCCCCUCCCUGAAGGAGUAGGCUGUUCAGCCCAUUGAGUCUGCUCUGCCGUUCAAUGAGAUUGCAACUGAUUUGAUCAGCCCUAGCUCCAUGUUUGAACCCAAGUGCAUCAUCUCACACCUACCUGGAUUGAAUUCCAUUUGCCACUAAACAGGCCAUUUGUAAUCUAGGGUUAUUUACCACCUUGAAAAUGUGUUGCUGGUUAAAGCACAGCAGGUUAGGCAGCAUCCAA